AUGUCUGACAACAACAACUCUUCUACCAUCGGCUCCUACGUGAACCAGGCCACCGGUGCCGCCCAGCGCGCCAUGGGCUCCAUCACUGGCAACUCCUCCACUCAGGCCAAAGGCGAACUAGCCCAAGAGCAGGGCAAGGAGCAACACGAGAACUCCCACACAACAGCCAAGCUAGGCCCCGUUACUGCCGACCCCCACACUGGCGCAACAGCCACCGACGACCCCAACCGCGCCAACGGUUCCUGGGACCAGACUGUCGGCUCAGCCAAGGAGUCUCUGGGUAACAUGAUCGGCAACGAGAGCCUGCGCCGGGCUGGUGUUGAGCAGAACGCCGCCGGCAAGGAGCAGGAGGCUAAGGGACAGCUUAAGGACUGGGGCGAGGGCAUGCAGAACCGCGCCCAGGGUGCUGUUGGUGGCGUUGCUGCUGCUGUUACUGGUGAUCGGGCCGACGAGAAGAAGUACCAGGAUAUGCACGAUGAGGGCAAGGUCAGACAGCGCGGAGCUGAGGCUGAUAUGUCCAAGCGUCAGGGUCUUUAA